UUUGCUGAAAUACUAAAUAGAUUAAUCUUUUAAGAUUUAAAAUUUAUGUUUAUUAUUAUUUAUUAUAUUUUAAUUACCAAAACUAUCCAGUGCCGCAAAAUUGUGUAUGCUAGGUAUGAAAGGAACACAGGCUCAAGCUCUACAUUCAUUGGAGACACUUUAUUUUAAAUCUCUUAUGAGAAUAUUUUCGACAUAUACAGUGAUCAAAACUAAUACUAACAUUAACAGAAAUAAUUAUCCAGCCGUAAUGAAGUUGAUUCAAAUAUUUCUUUUAGCGAUAGCUUUUAUUACAGUAUUAUGUAAUAUAAAUGAAAAAUUUGACACAGUUGCACAACAAGAGUUAAAAAAAUGUUUGAAUUAUUUUAAAGCUAAUCAUCUCAUCAUGGACGACGGAGGUAAUUUUUCUGAAAAUUUUCAAAAAGAGUUAUCUUUUUGGGCAUUUAUUGCUAGCCAUUAUUCAGAAUAUCCUCAAUCUCUUAGAUUGUAUAUCAAAAACAAAAUGAUUGAAUUAAUUUGUCAAAGUUCAAAAGACAUGAAAAUUGAGACAAAAUAUUUUAUAGACACCUGCUACAAUAUAAUCGAAGAAUGUUCUUACACAUAUUCCUAUUUCUUAUUAAAAUCUUAUUACAAUAUUAGUUCAAAGAAGAAAAAAAUCGAUUUUAAAUUGUACUAUGGUAAAGAUACAGAUACUUUAAUAAACGUACUCGAUUUUGAAGAAAUGCGAAAACAAUACAUGAAAAAUAGAAUGAAUAAAUAAUAAAUAAUUAACUUGGCGUCAAUAAAAAUUUAAUAUUAUAUUUUCAACCAAAUCAAAUUACCUUUUUUUUUUUAAUUUAUACAAAUAUAUAUAUAUAUAUAUAUUAAAUUUGGUAUGAUUAAAACACAGGAUUAUAAGUGAUAUUAUUUUAUUUUCGAGAUAAUCGUAAUCAUAGUAUAAGUUUUUCAAAACCAUAAAAACUACUAAAAAAAAUACAAUUAUAUAACUGCAUGUAUAUAUAUAUAUUUUUUUUAAUAUUGCGAUUUUUUGUGUAUUCGUCAUGUAAAACAAAAAAAUUUAAUUUUUGAAUUUUCCACAAAAUUAUAUAUCCACCAUAAUUAUCUAUAAUAUAAAAGUUAAAAAAACAAAAUUAUUAUUUUUCAAUUUCUUUAAUGAUAUAACAUAUAUAAUAAGUAAUUAAUAAUUAUUUCAAAAACUAGAUGGGAUGGAGA